AUGGGGAAUUAGGCUUUAUGUUAACAUGAUAGAACUGAAUCAAUGUUGAAAGCUGAGUAUUAGAUUAGAUAAAGAAAAGUUACUUAAGUCAAUGAGGCAGUUAAACUUGACUUAGAAUAAGAACAUAAACAAUCAUUAAUACCUACUAUAUAUUAGAAUGAAUAAUAAUAGACAUCAUGUCUUCAUGAUUGGUUAGAGAGUCUACAUGAAUCUGUAUUGAUAACUUAAAUAAAUUUAAAUUGUGAUGCAUCUACUAAAUUCUUGUCUGAAAUUGAUGAAGAGGAGGAGAUUGAUUAAACUAAAUAAUCACUCAUUGAUACAUAAGAAAUAUUCGAAUAUAAAAAGAGCUAUCCUUAUUGUAAUUCAAAUUUAGACAUGGUAAUCAUAAAUUUCUACAUCUUAAAAAAAAAUGAAUUCAAGUAAAAAUAACCCUUAAACAAGAAUUAAAUUAAUAAUGGGGCCUCCUAAAUAACGUAUUAGAUGGUCUUGUUGGUAAUUGAUGGCUUAUACUCCUAAAUUCCAUAUAUAAUCAGAUGGACUAUCUUUUGUAGAAUAAGAUUAGAAAUAUGCUAAAGCAAUAAGAAAAGAUAUACAUAGAACUGUAACAUCUAAUGA